AUUAAUGAAGGUUCCCGUCUUGCUGCUCUGUUCAAAAGCUCUUUCUUCUUCCCUUGUCACUCAAUUAGCAUCCUACCAUCCCAUUUGCACUAAUUCCAUCUCUUAAGCUUAUUUACACGGUGCGACAACCCUAGUCUAUACUUGCACUUACACGUCGACGUCACCAACGAGGCCAGGUGCAUGCAAGUCACUCCGCGCUAUGGACGACCUCCCUGGCCAAUAUCCAAUUACCCCAGGCGUUGCAACCCCCGACGAAGUCAACAUGCACAAAGACCAGCGUAACAAGCUGCACAAGCCGCAAGACCCGCCGCAAGACCAGCGCGGCCACGGGUACUCCGACUCUGGCGUAGGCCUGACUGAGCGCGACCGCGUUGGCCCCUUCAUUGGGGACGAGUCCCAACGGCGCGGCGACUACUCGGAAGCCGUCGGCGGCGGUCUCUACGCUCGGGAGAAAAACCCUCUCGACAGCCAUGACUCGACGGCUGCGCAGCCAGCACUUUCCCACGACGCGACUCGCGAGUCUCUCAAUGGUGCCGCCUACGCUCCCGAGACCGUCGGCGCCCUCUUUUCACGAGAGAAAGCUCCUGCCCCUUUCGAGACAGAGGCCCAAAAGCUCACACCGCGCGCAUUUUCCCAGGACACUCCGCGCGAAAACGGUAGCGCGUUCACUGCCGAUAACACCGCCAUUGGCCAGCAGCGCACUAGUACCGCUGCAGACGACAACGUCGAGCCGAGAGCUCAGCCCCGUGCUUCUGGCAGUAACACCCCCCCUUACUGGGGCAGCUUGCCCAAGGCCGCGAGCGGAGGAAUCUACAACACGGUCACGGGCCAUGGUAGCCCGGGAGACGACCAUGACCAGCACCACGGCUUGCCAGCACGUCCAACAGAACCCGAGACGUCCCACGUUGCUGGCAAUGCGGCUGACUACCCGCAGACCGGUGUGCAUAACGGUGUCAUCGGUCACGGAAGCCAAGAUGAGGAGAGCAUGCGGCACGCCCAACACUCUUCUGGCCGCGCGUUUGCUGCCCCAUUGCCAGGCGUCCCUGAGCAUCAGUCGACGUCUCCUAAAAAUGAUGUUCUGGUGAAUGACUUCGGCUCGGACAUCGCUAGUCCCAAGGCAUCUUCCCCUCCACAAAUUGGCACCCUCAUUUCUGGUGCUGCACUAUCAGGUGUCCCUGCCAACAAUGACUCGACUGCCCCUCGAGCAUUCCCUCUAACCGACAAAGAGCACACCGACAAGACCUUGACGUCUGAGAGAUCUGACUCGCACACCAAGGAGGCUCUUCUCGCGGGUGUUGCUGGUGCUGGAACUGGAAUUGCUGCAUCCGAACUGGCAGACAAGCAUAAGCACAGGCACAGAAAUGAUGAAGACAGCACCAUCGCGAACCGCGGUGUCAGCCAGGACGCUGCUGCUUCAAAGGACAAGCACAGCCCGCUAGGUGCUAUCGCUGGUGUGCUCCCUCAUCGCCAGAAGCAGGAGAAGGAACCCAAGGAGGCGUCUCCUGUGAAGAAGAAGAAGAGCCGCGAGGACAACCCACCCCAGGUCCAGGGAGAGAAGAGGCACCACAGAAUCCUCGGGAUUUUCCAUCGCCACAAGGAUGACAAGGAUAGCGACGAAACUUUGGCAUCCGAGCCCCAGAAUGACGCUGCUGGGCCCCAGUCUAGGCACGAGAAGGAAAAGAUCGCGGCCGGAGCAGCUGCAGGUGCCACUGGCGCAAGCGUACUGCGCAAACACAGCAAAGACGACAAGGAGUCUAACAAAAGCCCGCAGUCCGGGUCGUCACCAAGGGGUAACGACGUGUACGAGAAUUACCGCCUCCAGCAGGCUGCUAUAGGCGAUGAGGACAACUCGAUCACAAUGCCCUAUGACGCCAAGAUGAAAAGCAGCACUGGCGCCGUAGACCCAGUGGCUGUUCCUUCCAGGGACAAGCAUGAUGGCAUGGAAGAAAACUCCAGACGCCAACAAGUCGCUCUUGGCGAGGAAGACAGGUCCAUCACGAAGCCCUAUGACGCCAAGAUGAAAAGCAGCACUGGCGCUGUAGACCCAGUGGCCGUUCCUUUCAGGAACAUUCAUGAUGGCAUGGAAGAGAACUACAGAGGCCAACCAGCCGCUCUUGGCGAGGAAGACAGGUCCAUCACGAAGCCCUAUGACGCCAAGAUGAAAAGCAGCACUGGCGCUGUAGACCCAGUGGCCGUUCCUUUCAGGAACAAGCAUGAUGGCAUGGAAGAGAACUACAGAGGCCAAGCAACCGCUCUUGGCGAGGAAGACAGAUCCAUCACGAAGCCCUAUGACGCCAAGAUGAGAAGCAGUGUCGGUGCAGCAGACCCGAUCGCUGCUCCCAUCGCUGAGAGGCACGUUCAGCACACAGGAUCUCUCCCAUCGCCAGACACAUACUCAACCGGGAGCCCGGCCCAUGCUCCGGCUACAACCCGUCAAGCAGAGACCUCUCGGGAGUCCCAAGACAACGAAAGUUCUCGGGCCAAACCUCUCCUGGCGGCUGGAGCGGGCGCAGCAGCGGCUGGCGCCUACAUGCACUCGCGCAGAGAGGGGUCGCCCAAGGCCAAGGGAGAACACGAGCAGCAACCUUCAGCCCCAUUCCGCUCCACCGGCCAGUCACAGUCCGGAAACGCUAGCAACGAAUCCGGCUCGUACAACACGCUUGCCACAGGCACACCAUCCGGCUUGAAGACCGAUUCGAGCAACACGGCUGUAUUGGAGACCCGGGACGGCGCGACAAACGAACCUGGCAACUACAAGGCCUUGGCCUCUGGGACAUCGUCUGGCGUGAAGACUGGCUCGUCGGCUCUUGGAUCUGCAGCCGACAAGGAUAGGGCUGCUUCAGAUUCCGGACCAGUCCAGGACAAGACCGGACGCUCUACCGGUCCCUACAACGUGCUUCCCUCUGGAACCCCUUCUGGCGUCAAGGUCCAGCCAAGCCAACGCCGCCGCAGCGAGGACACAUACGCGCAAAGACAGGACGAGUCCAACACUCAGGCAACCGGCACAAAGUCCGGCACCGAUCACGGAUUCGGAAGCAACAGAGUCGCCCAAAAUGCUCCACACAUUGCUGCCAUUCCGUACACAUCGCCCCGCACUGAGAGCACUCCAGAGGAGCCUUUGCUCGACACGUCCCACAUGGGAGCGCGAAAUGAUGUCGCGAUUCGUUCUCGUGAGCACUCUUCCAGUCAGAUGAGCCCUGAGGUGAUGCCGGUCGCAUACACUGCUACUACCCCUCGCUCGACGCCCGCGCCUGGAACAUCCCAGGAUACGGCAGUCCCGGUAACGCGCUCAUCACCCUCACCUACCACGAGCGAAAAGGACAGUGCGACCCCUGUUCCUCCGAAGCAUGGGGCUCAAGGUUUCUCUGAAAGAUAUCAGACGGCGCGAUCCAGUGGACAGGGCAUGGCCCCGGCACUGGCUGCGGCGACGGGGGCAUGGGCAACAUCGGCCGGCGCCAGCUCCGGCGCUGCCCCUCAUGAUACUGCCAGCAGCGACGGUGCACCAAAGGUGGUGCACAAGUGCCACAACUGCGGCGUGGACAAUGACAUCAGCUCGUACUUCAACAAGGACGCUCAGCCGAAGCCGAGCGGCACUGGCUUCUGGUAAAGGGUGGAGUCGCACAUGACUUUAUGAUGUUUGGCUUCGAGGAUGGAGCAGGAAAAUUAGUCUGUAUGAUCCGUAACGAGUAGUUUCUUUUCUCCAAAGCAUGGCAACAAUUGUCGACGGUACACUGUUGUUAGGGGGUCUCGUUAGUUAGGUUUGUGAAUACAGAGUAGCACUAAUCGACA